AUGGGCAACUACCGAUCAAACGGGAACCAGCGCGUUGUGGUGGACCUGUCCUGCUGGAUCGUGGAGUGCUGCGGGCACCGCAUGCCGGGGGUGCACGCCCGCUGGCAGCCCCACCUUCACCUCCAGGGCAUCUUCCACCGCCUGCGGGCUCUCCUGGCCCUCAAUUGCAUCGUUGUCUGCGUGGCAGAUGGUGACUUCGACCAGUUGAAGAGGCCCACCGUGACCGCCCGAUUGCAAGGCCCCCUGUCCCAGCAGCAAAAGGACAAGGCCAGUGCGGAGCGGUACGCUGGGGGGGCAGCAUCAAAACGGCCGCAGCACUCUCACUUCGGCCGCAAAGUGCAAGAGGCAAUCCGCCUCUGCGAGGCAAUGGGCAUUCCCUGUAUCCGCAGCACACUUGAUGCUGAGGCGCAGUGCGCGGUCCUGAACGCGGCUGGACUUUUCGACGCCUGCAUCACAACGGACUCGGACGCCUUUUUGUUUGGGGCACUCAAGGUGUACCGCACCUUCAAGCUGGACGGGCAGUCAGGGUGCGACGGUGUCGUUGAGGCGUGUACCAGUACGGCCGUUCUAGACAAGCUCGGCUUCGGCAGGAACUCUUUGAUUGCUCUCGGCGUCUUUUUGGGCUCUGACUACCACGACGGGGUGAAGGGCGUCGGCGUACAAAAGGCGACGCGUCUAGUUGCGCAGCUGGGCGAGACGCAGGUCCUCAAGACCAUCUUACGAGACGGCGUGCAGGCCGUUCUCGACGAAGGGCGGCCCAAAAACUCGAAAGCUAAGGCGGGGCGCGCAACAGAAGGGGCCGAACCUCCAGGCGACCCGUCCCAGAUUGACGAUGCGGCAAUCGCGACUGUGAUCAAGGCCUUCCUGGAGCCCAAAGUGCACGCGCCCACCUCAGACAUUGUCACCAGAGCGCUUCAGCAAAGCAUGGAGCUGCAGUUGGACUCCCUCAUAGACUUGAUGCAGCGGUACCUCGACUGGGAGCCCGACAAGACCAAGUCCUUCAUUUUACCGAAGCUGGCGGAGAGGUGCCUCAGGCAGCGAGCCGCGCGGCCGCACCGCAAUCCCCUGCCUGUGGAACCGGCGGCGACUAUGCGGCCCCUGCAGUACUCGUUAAAGCAAAUCUUGAAGGCACGCACAGUGAAGCACGUCCGCAGCUACGAGGUAUCCUGGGAGGGCAGUCCGGCGAUCGACACUACCACGGUGCCCGCAGGCCUGCUGGAGAGAGCUUUUCCGAACGAAGUGAACAGCUUCAAGGAUGCGGAGACAGCAGAGAAGUUGCGCAAGAAGAAGUCGUCAGGGGCUCGAAAGAUUGCGCGCAGGCGGAGUACGUCUGCGUCGGAUGCUUUGUCGGCGGUAUUAGCACCACUCCCCGAGAACGUGCGCCCUGCCGCAAACCACACCAAUGAGGACUCAUGCCUUGAUCUGGCGGAGCUGCGUCUGACGGGGCGACCAGCAGAUCGGGCUUUGAGCGCGGCAGCCGCCUCGAAGAUAGAAGAAAGAAGACGACGGCACGAAACGGUAGAAACCUGCGAUUGGGGCUCGCUGUCGGACGAAGAAACCGAGGCGAACUUUUCUUGGCGAGGGGUACAGGAACGAAUUUCAAGGCCGACGUCCGUCACUCAAGCGCAGUGCACGGAUCCGCGAAUUGUUGGUGCCAGCAGGGGGAAAGAGUUGCGCGAAGGUGUUGGGAGGGGCGGAUGCGGGAGGAGCACCGAACGGACGGCAACGAAAAGCACGGGGCGGAGCGGAAGUGAUACCGGUUCCUUGGAUCUAGCGGAGUUGGAGAGGUCGACAGACGGUGAAAAGUUUUGCCGGCGAAGCACAUGGGGCGACAAUGAUGGGCAACUUUUGACGGAAAGUGUGAGCAGGCGUGACCGAAGUCAAGAGGAAGCAAGCAAUCCUUUCAUAGAUCUAGUAUCCGAUGACGAGGAAGAGAGCGCCGACUGGGCGGUGCCAAAGCUCUCGUUGCCGUGGAACGAGGAGGGGGAAAGCAGAAUAGGCGCACACUUAAGCAAGGCCUCUCGCCCCCCUGCUAGGCUUCUUUCCCCACCCUCGCUUGGGUCCCCAGAAUCACCCCCUUCCAUACAGUCGAUCAUCGCUUCCAUCAAACUGAGGCCGCCUAGACCCGCCCCAACCCUGGUGAUUUGAAAGCUUGGCCCGGCAGUGUUCCUGGCUGCGCUGGCAUGUUUG